AUAUCUUUCUUUGCAAAUCUUUUGAGUGCUAAUUUCUUCUAAUUUUCCUUUCUAUAUUCUGCCGUAUUUAUCAACAAAAAUACAAUGACUAGUAUUCUAACUUUGCUUGGGGUUUUUUUGCUGAGUCUCAGAGUCACAGGGGUACAAUCUAUAGGCGUCUGCUAUGGGCUCAAUGGCAACAAUCUACCAUCAAGUCAGGAUGUUAUAAAUCUUUACAAUCAAAAUGGCAUCCAAAAAAUGAGAAUUUACUCUCCUGUCCCAGAAGUUCUCAAUGCUUUAAGAGGAACUAAUAUAGAACUUCUAAUCGAUGUUGCCAAUGAAGACAUUCAGGCCCUUGCAACCGAUCCUUCAGCAGCUGCAAAUUGGGUUCAGAACAACAUACAAAGUUACUCACCAGAUGUGAAAUUCAGAUAUAUAGCAGUUGGAAAUGAAGUAUCAUUAAGUUCUAGCAUUGCUCAACAAUAUGUUGGUCCAGCCAUGGGAAAUAUACAAAAUGCAUUAGCAUCAGCAGGUCUUCAGGACCAAAUCAAGGUUUCAACAUCAAUAUCUGCAGGUCUGCUAGGGAUUUCUUAUCCUCCCUCACAAGGCUCAUUCUCGAACGAGGCUAGACCAUUCAUGACACCUAUAAUUAAUCUCCUAGUCCAAAAUAAUGCACCAUUGCUGGUCAAUGUGUACCCCUACUUCAGCUAUAUUGGUGAUGAAGCCGACAUUUCACUCGAUUAUGCAUUAUUCACCUCACAAGGAACAGUUGUUCAAGACGGUUCGUUUGGAUAUCAAAACAUUUUUGAUGCAGUUUUGGAUGCUCAUUAUUCAGCUCUAGAAAAAGAAGGUGGUUCUAAUGUGGAGAUUGUUGUAUCAGAAACUGGCUGGCCAUCUGAUGGGAACCCUCCUGCUGCAUCAUCUGAAAAUGCUGGCACUUACUAUAAGAAUGUUAUUAGCCAUGUUAAUAGUGGACAAGGCACUCCAAGAAGGCCUGGAAGAGGUAUAGAAACUUAUUUGUUUGCCAUGUUUGAUGAAAACGAGAAGUCUGGAGCGGAGACCGAGAAACAUUUUGGCCUCUUUUUUCCAAAUCAGCAGUCUAAGUAUGGAAUUAGUUUCAAUUAAUUCACCUGUCAAACACGUAUUGGAAUAAAUAUAAUUUGAAAGUUUUUUCCCUGUA